GACUCGACAUUGACAGAAGUUCAUGGCCGCCGACCAUUCCGAAUGGUUCGAAAAAACCAAAAUUCUAAAUCUCCCAGCAAAAAAUCAAGAAAAGCAGACUCCGAUGGGGCAAAUGUGAUGUUCAGCUCAUAUACUACUACUUCAGUUCAUAAAAGGAACCUAUAUAUAGUUUCCUUUCCUAUUAUUUUCUUAUUCAACGUACUAAGGUCCUUACUUUACCAAAUUUUCCUUAUAUUGCGAUUCAUCUACUGUAGCUCCAGAUCAUAUUUUGUCCGCCACAGUAAGUUAGACUUAGAAAAUGGAAGUAAUGCGGAAAGGAAUACAUGUGUAGUUCAAGAGAUCAGUGAAAUGGCUCAUGUUAGACCCAGUGGACCAGGCCCUGGUGAUCCAUUAUUGGCAAAGCAGAAGCAUCAUCAUAGGCGAGCAUUUGAAUAUAUAUCCAAGGCUCUUAAGAUAGAUGAAGAGAAUGAGGAAAGCCUGGCUAAGUUGAAAAAAGUGAAGAUCGAGCAAGGUUUUCCAAAAUUAAAUUUAGGUGCCAUUAGUGCCAAUGGUCAGACUAUUGUAGCUCCUCAUGCGAUCAUUAAGAAAAUCUCAGGUCAGAAGGAAUUAGCAAUUGACUUGUACAGAAAAGGAAUCACAGAACUGGAGUUAGGCAUAGCAGUACAAUGUUGGGGAGGCAGAGGAGAAGUAUGGGAGAGAGCUCAACGAUUGCAUGAGAAAAUGAAAACCAACUUAGCCAUGGCAAAGGAUAGACUGCAAUUCUUAGAGAGCAUGGCUUGUAUGGAAAACUUGGAGAUUGAACAAGAAGUUCCUAAAUUAACUGUAGGUGCCGGUAGGGCUAAUUGUCACAAUGUGCCAGCUUCCAGAGUCAAUUUUAUCAAACCAUCAGCCUCGGGCAAAAAGUUGAAUGUUGCGAGCAAGCGGCCGGCCAAUGCCCCUUUAGCGAAAAGUCAAACACUUCCAAGAUCAAUGGGUCGAACUGUCGCACCCGUCCAACCAGUUAGGCCUUUCCACAAGACUACUGCAUCCACGCCACCUGCCAUUAGAAAACAAUUGUCCAUCCCUGGCGCGGGAACUAGUUCUCCUAGCAGAAGGGUAAAUGGCAACAGUGGAGCUGCAGCAAGUAAAGCAGGUACGAGGGGUAGGUCUCCAACUCUAAGAGGAGUAGAUCCAAAAUUAGCUCAAGCAAUCCUGGACGAGAUCGUUGAGGGAGGCCCGCCGGUACAGUGGGAAGAUAUUGUUGGACAGGAUACUGCGAAACAGGCUUUACAGGAAAUGGUAAUACUGCCAUCUUUACGACCAGAAUUGUUCACUGGUUUGAGGACUCCAGCUCGUGGUUUACUUUUGUUUGGACCGCCAGGAAAUGGCAAAACCUUAUUAGCUAGAGCUGUUGCUACUGAAUGCCAGGCAACCUUCUUUUCGAUAAGCGCAGCUAGUUUAACAUCAAAAUACGUUGGAGACGGAGAGAAAAUGGUUCGCGCGCUGUUCGCCAUUGCAAGAGAGCUGCAGCCUAGCAUAAUAUUUAUAGAUGAGGUGGAUUCAUUGCUUUCUGAACGGUCGAACAGCGAACAUGAAGCUAGCAGAAGGUUAAAAACAGAAUUUCUAGUUGAAUUCGAUGGAUUGCCCAGUAAUCCGGAGAGCGAGAAGAUUUUAGUGAUGGCAGCCACGAAUCGGCCCCAAGAACUGGAUGAGGCUGCUUUAAGGAGGUUUCCUAAAAGAGUUUACGUUCAACUUCCGGAUGUUGACACCCGGUCGAAGCUGCUAGAAAAAUUACUGGCAAAACAGGGUUGUGCUUUAACUAGACAGGAAUUGAAAAGACUAGCUGCUUUGACAGAAGGAUAUUCCGGAAGCGAUUUGACUGCUCUAGCAAAAGACGCUGCUUUAGGGCCCAUCAGAGAACUACAACCAGAACAAGUGAAGCAGAUGGACCCUAGUUCCGUAAGAAGUAUCACAAUUAACGACUUUUUAGAGUCGUUGAAACGAAUCCGAAGGAGUGUUUCGCCUCAGAGUCUAGUUGGUUAUGAAAAAUGGUCGCUACAAUAUGGAGACGUGUCUCUCUAAAGAUAUGUCAUUUUUAUCUGUUGCCUUUGGAAUAUGGUCAACAAUUUUAUCGUUCUAAAGUUACCUUUCUAAAGGGCCAAAAAAGAAUCUAAAUUUCACGAGUACUUCUAAAAGUACUAAAAUCAUUCGAAAUAUUUUGGCCCAAGUCUGAUGAAAAAGUAUAAAUUAAAUUUUAUUCUUUGUUUUAAAAUUUUUUUAUUCAAUUAUUGUUCGUUUUUAUGUGAUAAUUAAAAGAGAAUAUUAUCGUGAUAGCCACUUGAAUGUUAGAGAACAUAAAAGUGAUACACUUUGUUCUAGUAACAUCAUUAUAUAGAUCUGUAAUUGAUUGCCACAUGGUGCGAGAUUUAAUAGUUUGUAUUUCUUUUUUUCACGUGCUGCGUACUCAUAUAUUUAACAUUCCUAUGUUCCUCUAAAUGACAUAAUGGUUGUUGCAACUUGUUUUUCGUUAUAUUUUUUGUAGCUGUGAUAUAAAGUUAUUUAUUUUUUUCUGCAAGGGUAUCACUUUGAGUACAAUAAACAAUUUUGCAAAGUAGUUUUAUAUUUGCAUACAAUUAUUUGAAUCAGUAUCUGUUGCUUAAUAGUUGGUUUAGUCACACAACACUUCUAAACUAAGGUGAUUCGAAUAAUUUUACAGUGUUAGUGAGGGGCCAGUAUGGUUAACUUUUCAAUGAUAACAAACAAGAAUUUGUUACAAAGGAUAUAUCACCACCAGGAAGAUAGAGGAGCGCAGGGUAAUGGGAGCCUAUUAAGAGAAAACUUUCAUAAAAACUACAUUUAUCAACCUUCUUAUAAUUUUUAAUUAGGAACCCUGAGAAUAAUCAUACAGGUCUGUUUUAAUCACUGUUAGUAUUAAUUACAGUCAUAUAAAAAAGUCAGUCGCCCAUUUCACGCUCAUAUGGGAAAUGGGAGUCAUAAUAUUUAGUAUUGCGCAAAAGUUAAACUAAACAUGUCUACUUUAAAUGGGAUCUUAGUUAGUUACUACAAACUAUUAAUUGUAACAAAAAUAAAAAAACUACUUUUUAAACAAAGACAAGAAAAAUAAAGAUGAACUUAUUAAAGAAGAACAUAUGACCCAAAAUUAUAAUUGUUCUUCAACAACCAAUCCCAAAAUUAAUUUUAGGAUCAAUUUAAAAUUGCCGAAUACCAACUAGCAAUGCCAAGGCACCCCUCAAAUUGAUGCACUUCUUAUUUCUUUGCUCUCCCUCCUUCCUUCCUUCCUUUCUUCUUCCCUUCUUUCUCCCUGACUUUGUUUGGUAUUUGGGCAACCAGACCUGACAGACUUACUGACUUACAGGACUUCAACCAAGAGCAAAGGUCCUACGGACCGCUCUGACAGACAAUGACGAAUAGUAACAUAUGACCCAGAUUAUGCAGAUCCAAACAAAAGGUACAAAUAUAAGAAGCUGGACUAUCACUUCCAGAACAUGCAUCAUGGGCCCAGUUUCCGUAACUUCUGCAUCUCCCCACUUUUUCCCGUGUCUAAACAAAUAGCACAUAAAGUUUCCUCUUCUGAGUAUUCUGACUCGUCGCACUAAGGAGCAUUUAAGCUUGAAAACCGGUCAAAAAUCGUUUAUGCGUUCUUUAUCAUUAAACAUGAAUAAAAAUGCAUGUGUAGUUAAAAAAAAAGGAAUAUAUUCAUUAAAAUUAGUAAAAAAGGCAAAAAUAUUAAAAAUUAUUUCUAUUCAGUUUUGGACUUUAUGUAUAGUCUUACAAAAGACUAGUCCUAUUCAUUCCUAUUCAGCAUCAGUUUGCACUUCUUCGUCACACAUUUAGAUCUUCCGCUUCUAAAAGAGCGAGCAUUUCCGUUGAGAACCGUUGUCUUUUUACUUGCUUCCUUUUUCGCACGCAACUUAGAAAAGGGUCCGAUGUGAGUAAUAGUCUGUUUAAAACAUCUUGGUUGCACUGCGUUCUGGAAAAUUUCCUGCCAAAAUCUGUUCUAUAAGAUCGAUAAUGCUUGUUGGGGGCUUCUGCAGUCUCCUCCGAAAAUUGCCCGAUAGGCAAGAUGGCAUGUUUUAUGACUGUAGAGCCAUGCACAAGAAUUUUGUGUAGGGUUGGUGUCAUUGGGUGCCAUCCGUAGAGGUUGACAUACAGGUGUGCAGUUUCAUCACAGUAUUGCUCAAAUUUUUGAAUGUUUAUUUUGUAUCCAGAAGAUAUUGUUUCUAAAAUAGUCUUGACUUUUUUUAUGAAUUCUAUGUCAAUACCGGUUAUUUCUGCAGCCAGGUCUGGGUCACUAAAAAACCUUCUUGAAGUGUUCCCCGAGUUUUAGUUUCCAUAACCGGCUUUUGGCAUGUCUAUAAUAAAACCAGUUUUUUCCCUAUAUUCCUUUUGGAUUCUGUUUUUGUUUUCUUUUACGACUUUUUUUUCUUCAUCUGUACGAGCCUGCCAUUUUUGUAGAGGAAGUGUGUAAGAUACGUGUAAAAUAGUUUCGAAUAAACGUAUUCUCGCAUGUAGAGUGGACAAGCCGAAUCGUAAUGAUUCGGGAUCUUCAGCACUUUUAUUUUUUAAAUUGUUGAAGUCUUUGGAUGUUUUGCCACAUAUGUAGCAACGCAUAGUAGAUGUUGUGCCGGUUACCGCAUUGCACACUUUAGCAUCUACCAUUGUGGGAAUUAAGGUAUGUCGCACAUCAAUGUCUCCCUUUGAACAUAAGUUUGUUAUUUUCGUCACAACCAGUUCUUUAGCUUGAUCCUCGACGUAUUUUAUUUCCUGUUUUGUUACAUCCACGGUUUCGUGUAAAAACUGAAUACGUAUGGGCCGGCAGAAACGCGUGGAUGAGGGUGUAGGAUUUUGCCAUAAAAUUUUGAUUACCUCUUCUUUGUGGUAUUGCAGCUUCAGUGGAACCAAAGAACUUUGGAAUAGAUUGGCAUCGUCGCGUGAGCUGUCGGUAAACUUCUGUUGAAACUGUUUCUGUUGCGAGCAUCACAUCCCCAUUUUAUUAUGAGUUCUAAAUUCUUUAAUUCCGACUCAGCCAAAUGUUCGAGCACUUCUUUUAGAAAAAGACAAAGUCUUGUAGCAGUGUGGUCGACUAGAUCCUGAAGUAUAACUUCGGCACCCGUUUCAGUAACUCGCAUUGACUCUUCUUUCGGAUAACAAACUUUUUUUGCCUCUCUGAUAAGAGUGUAACAAGGAAACACGCCUUUAUUUGAUUCAUGUAGUAUCUCCCACUGACUCCUAGUAAAAUCGCCUUCAACAAAUAUCGAUAAUGCCUCUUCGGGUGUGUACUUCUUGAUUUUUGUAUUUCGAGCCAUUUCUAAGGUUUUUUAUACUUUUUUGCUCUUGUUGGCGUACAAGUAACAUCUCUUAUGAUUUUAGAUGCUGAAGCAUUUCCUGACAUCCGCUGACUAACGCUAGCUGCAUACGUUAGCUCCUCGACAGAAACUUGUUACCGAAGUUACUUUGUUUUACGCCGUUUGCUUCGAUCUGACAAAUCCUGAAAGUCCUAAUUUGGCCGACCUGGCUUAGUAGGAGUACGUGUCCAAUUAUGUACUGAUAUUGAAACUUUAAGCCAUUCGUCGUUAUUUUUAGUGAAUCGUUCCUCAAUAUAGAAUGCCGACUUCCAUCUCUUCUUUAGUUCUGAUUUGAAAUGCCUCAAGUCGUAACUUAUAGUUUGGAAUUCCUCUUGUGGACAUUUUGUUAAUUCCCGAACUUUAUUUUCCACGAAUAACAAUUUCUCAUCUAAUUUUCGCGCUGAACUCUCUUUAAAAAUGUCAAAUAGAGAUUUCCUUGUCAAUUGAAUUACAUUAGAUGGUGCAUCUGUAACAAAUUAGAAAAAAAAUUACAUUAACACGUUCACUGCGGCACCAGUCAAAAAUAGUUUGUUCCAAACUGCGUUACCAGUCACAUAUGUCUGGUAUAUAACCUUUCCGUUCCGGCGGUACCAGACUGGUACACUUGCCUUAUCAAAUCUGGCUGUAAUUUGAUAACAUGUUUGAGAAGUUGAACCAUCUGUCUUGAAAUUUGUUCAUCAAUUCCUAGAUGUGUAUAUGGUCCAGUCGCAAAUAAAAUGAUGGAGUAGUUAAUGAAAAACUGACAUCAGUAGGAAAGCAUUUAUUUGGAAAAACGUACAAUUUUACAGUUUGGAAUGCUUUUCAUUAAAACAAGAAAGGCACAUGGCGGGUUGUUUGUCGCAGUUUGCGCAAAACGUAUAAACUUUAGUAACUUUCUUGUCCGCCUCCCGACUUGACAGAGUUGCUCUUAAUUUCUUGUAGCAUCCUACACAGUUUCUACGACGUUUUGUCCCAGGACCUUGUUGUUUUUGAAGUGUGUGCACUUUGUGCACUGACUUUGAUGAAGUGUUUAUACUUGCGUCAUCCCGAAUCAUUCGAUUUUCUCCAAUCAAGGAGAAAGCCAACGCUUCCCUAAAUUUAAGCAUGCUCAUGCGGUUAUUUUUAUUAACUUCAUUGUAGACUACAUAAGAGUUGACGACUGCUGCACCAAACUAAAGUUCAAAGACGGAUUUACGAUACCACUUUAAUCCUUUUCUUAAAGUGGUAUAAUAGGAAGACAUUUGGUCACUGAGGUCUACUCCCUUUUUGGCUCUGUUAUAGUCAAUCACACAUUUUGGUUUUAAAACUGACUGAGAGGCUCUAUUCCUUUUUCCAGUGUCAUGCACGCUUACGUCAUGUUCUCUGUGAGUUGAUAUCAUAAGAAUUGUACGUUUAUCCUGCCAUUUGAUUAUUUUUAUUCCAUUACCAUUUUGGACACCCACUACUUGACCUUUACUAAUUUUUUCACGGAUGAAUUCUCUAGGAAGACCUUUUCUGUUGGAACGUAAGGUUCCACAAUAAAAAGUUUUUCUCCGCUGCAGCUUCUCCACGAGUGGAACACUGGAGUAAAAGUUAUCUGCAUAAAGCUUGCGACCACUAUCCAGGUUAUUUUGCAUAAGAUCCAUGACUACUUUCACAGUAUGGGAAUCAUCAGGGUUGUCAUCUUUUACUGUCUCUUUGCCACAAUAAACUCGUAAGCUUAUAGUGUAUCCUUCCAAUGUACAAAGUUUGUACAAUUUGACGCCAUAUUUGUGUCUUUUGUUCUUUAUAUAUUGACGCAUGCCCAACCUUCCUCUCCAAGGGAUCAUGCUCUCAUCGAUAAGCAGUUAAAAUAGAACCAAAUCUAGUAUUUAGGAGUUCCAAAAUAGAUCUCAUGCGAAAUAAACGAUCUUGGGGAUUCUGCAAUUCUUCAUUAUUACUAAAGUGAAUAUGCUGCAGCAAUAAUAGGAAUCUAUCCCUAGUCAUUUCAGCAGUUAUAAAAUUAUUAUGGUACAGAGCAUGUUUAGACCAGUAAAGAUUAAUAUCUGGAACCCUUACAAGCCCCAUACAAAUGAUGAUUCCAAAAAAUAGAUACAUUUCUCGAGCAUCUGUAUCUAUCCAACCUUUCAGGCGCGACUUAUUUUUAACACAUCCUGCAUUCAGUUUUUGCGCAGCAUACCUAUUCGUUUCUUUGACAAUUAAAUCUAUUACCUCUUGAUCUAUAAACAAUUUAAAAACCUGCAAGGGUGUUUUACAUUUUUCACAAUCCACAUUAACUUUCUGCCUCUGAUGGUAAGCAGUAAUAUUUGGUAUUUUUCCCAUUAUCCAUCGGUGUCCAUAUAUCAUUCUCUAGGUCAUCUAAAAAGGAAAAAUGAACGUAAGUACAAACCACUGAAAUUUAUCAUAAACUAGACAUACUAAUAAUAUCAUCAGCAUCCAGUUUGCUCCUUCCAUCCUCUUCAUCUGAGAUGGUUGAUGAAUCUAAGUUUCUGAGAGGCUCCAUAUUAUCAACAGAGUCAUCUGAAUCAAAUGAGGAAACUAGCUGAAGAUGUGCUUGGCUCAUAUUCUGGGUCUGUACUAGAAUGAUCACAUGCAAACGGAUCCUCUGGCUCACUUUCUAGAACGUCAGUCUCACUACUUGACUCACUAUGAUGGUUGUCUAGUCUUUCUGGUACAAGAUUAUUAUCCGGAAUAUUGCGCUGCUCUUGUAUUCCUAGUAAGUAUAAUAGUAAUAAGUUUUCAGCUUCAUCGAUUCCCUUGAAAAAUAUAUUUUAGUAUGUAUAAUUCGGCAAUAUAUUCAAACAUACCUGCAUCUCAAGUGCUAAUUGGCACAAUUUUUUUCCCCGUAGCGACAUUUUGCAUAAAACCACACACGUAUUCACGUUUCUCGUAUAAACCACACGUAUGCAUAAACAUCAAUACCAGUCACAUAUGUCUGGUACCGCACAUAUAUAAAACAAUCUUCGAUUAGUGCGUUACCAGUCGAAAAUGUCCGGUAUAUAAUAUGUAACCUAUAAGAAUCGGGACGUUGUAAGAAUCAUAUAGGUAUCUGUAAUGUCAACAUAUCACUUUUAGUUGUCGAGAAAUCUGUGGCUUGGAUAAACAAGGGCCAAUCUACGAAAAUCAAGUUUGGAGAUAAUUUAGGAUUUGUGAAUUGGAACAAAAUUAUUUCUUACGCAAAAAUCCUUUAUCCGAAUUGAAUGAAAUUUGGGUAGCAUGUAACUGGAUGUGCUAUGAUCCAAAAUAUAUUGAAAAUUCGUAGAAGUAUUCAUUUAUUCACAUAUUUUUGUUUGUUAGGCCCCUACAAUUUCGGCCUAACUCACAUAGACCCUAUAUCUAAUAUGCACGUAGGCCCAAGAAAAUGGUAUAUAAGCCCCAUUGUAGGAAAGAGUAUAACUUAGGCCUUUUUUGACUAUAAAACGUUUUCCCCAUUAUGAUUUAUUUCAGCGUCAAUAACAAUAAAACACAGUUGGCAAUGUCAUAUAUUUUAUAAAAGUAUAGAAAUAAUCUCAAGAACUGUUUUCUAGAUAUUAACAUAAACUAAAACUUUACUUUUUUUUACAAUGGCAAAAAAAUGAAAAAAGGCUUAUUCAUCAUAUUGUAAAAUAGCUGUCGGACAUACAUCUUCAUCGGCAGCUGUUUCUUCUGAUUUGAGAUUAGCAUAAAAAAGCCGACAAUUUGGGUGUAUAUAUUGUAUUAACGUAUUAAUGUCGUUUUUGGAAGAGGCAACGGGUACGAAUUAUGUAGCCUUUCCAAAACGAGUUGUGUCUCAUCUGGCUGUCCUUUUUUCUUCUUUGUUAUAUCCCAGACUUUGAAAUCUUCUUUUGCCAAUAAGCCUUCCUUGUAGAAAAUUUUUCCAGGGUUUUCCUUCGUGUAGAGGAAAUAGUUUGCUUUCAAAAAAGACAUUUGCUCUCCGUCCGCGUUUUUCUUUCUAUUCACAAAAUACGCUUUCUGAAGAGCGCUUAUAUUGUAAAAAUCAUCCUGAGACAUGUCAAUGACUUUAAUUCCUCCUUUUCGCUGAAUGCUGCGAACCAGAGUGGACCAGUCUCUGGGUAUUUCUAUAUCCAUUGUUGUGUGCUUUUUAGCUUUUUCUAUUGAAGCAUGAAUCGAGUCUGCUUCCAAGUGAGUAUGACCGGAGAUUAGGAAUUUGUGGUGGACUUCUUUUAGCAUGUGGUUUGGUGGCAAAAGUUGAAACACCUUGGACAGUAGAGUAACAACAUGAAUGUUUUUAUUUUGCCCUGAGCAGCAAUCACUAUAUAAAUUUAGACAGGUUGCCUCUGGGGGAAGUUUCUUAUGUACUUAAGGAGACAGGAUGCAAUUUCCUGUCCUCCACGGUUUGAAGUGGUUUCGUCCCACAUGAAACAAAAAGAUCUAUUUCCGUUGGAUUUUGUAACCUCGUAUAUUGUUAGGUUGAAAACCCACAACUGCCUUUUAUAAAAGGCAAUUCCACUUUUUAGUUGGGGAGUCGGUAAACAUUUUUGUAAGUCGAACAUUGCCGUUACUAUAGUUUCAUCUUGUUUACUUUUUUCUUUGUCAAUCCUUUUUGCAUUGUACGCCUUCUCUGCUGCAUCUAAAUGUUCUUUUUUUUCUCGUUCGUAGUCUAUUUUUUGUCCUUCAUCAGCGGAAGAUUUUAUUAAGAUGUUUAACUUAUCGCACUUGCUGCAGGUAUCGUUAUGGGGUGGAUGAAACGAAAGGUUGAAAUUGGACACAAAAAUACUUCGGUAAUAGUGGUCAGACACCGGAGUUUUUUCCGCUUCUUUACAAUAUUCGAUAUAAAGCCUAUACAUUUGUUGAAUGCUUAAAUCGGGAGAUAAGUAUCGUUUCUCUGAAUGCGAUCGAGAAUAAUGACUCUUGUAAGCUGGAAAUUUAGAGAUAUGUUGGAUUACAAAACUUUUAUCUUCAUCUGAUAUUUUAUGGUGGUUGCCAUGCUUCCCUCUUUGGUCUGGUCCACAUAUUCCGUUUAUAGAAAGCCUACACUUCUCAAUCGUAUAUCUUACUCUUUUAAAACUUACAUCCAGAGUAUUCAUAAACAUCACCUUACAAACUUCUAUAGGUAAUCCUCCUUUGUUCAGUAGAUAGGUAUGACUAAAUGAUAUUCUGCUGUCUUCUUCAAGUUUAGUGCAUCGACGCUUUUUAAAUUCCCUAACUGAACUUGACAAAAUCUGAGUUUGUUCAUUAUAUGUCAAAGAAUAAAAGUCUUUAAAAAUACUUAUCCUUUCCUCAUGGCUAAAUUUUUCAUAGCACUUUUUCUUGCAUCUACAUGGUUCUUUCAAGACUUUUGCCUGGACAAUUUUAUUCUUUUUUGUUUUAUAUUCUUGGCCAUUUGCUCUUGCAACCUUCCUUUUAGAUACUUGCCACCCUAACUCAUUUCUGACUCUUUUUCUUGACUUUUUUUUCCUUUUUUGUGUUUCUCUCUCUGACUCGCUGGUUUCAUUGUCACUUUCUGUUCUGUAAGAAUUAUCUGAAUCAGUAGCAAAAGGAUCGGUUAUGUCGCUUUUGUUGUCCCCUACGUCCUGCAAAAUAUAAAUCUAUAGUUUAAAUUUUCCUUCAAAUCAAUUAACUUACAAUUUCCAUAUUUUGUUGAUCAAUAUAUUGAAGUUUUCCUUGAUCUUGAUCGGUAACAACUUGCUGGUUCACAGAGGAACAAUGUGGUUCCUGGAAUAUAUAGUAUUUUCAAUUUCAAACUUAUAAUGCUACUCUUUUGUAAGGUUAAUGAUGGAUGAUCUUAAUAUACACAACAUAGCUAAUUCCACUUUCCUCAUCAAGAUACUUACAAUUUUCAUUGUUUGUUGAUCAAUAGACUGGUAUUGGUCUUGAUCUUGAUUGCUAACAACUUCCUCGCUAACAAAGUCUCUUACAAGUUCCAUUGGUUGUUGAUCAAUAGACUGGUAUUCGUCUUGAUCUUGAUUGUUAACAACUUGCUCGCUAACCAAGCCACAAUGAGGUUUCUAGAAUCACUAUAUUUUACAAUUUUAGCUCCAAAAUAAUAGGUACUAUUUUACACGCUAUGUAUACCAGCUCCGAAGAAAAAAACUUACUUGAAUAACAUCAUUUUUCAAAAUGAUAAUCUUCUUAUUGUCAUCGGUUGUGGUAGCUACAUCGUCAUUUAUGUUAGAAUUUUCCGUUUUAUUUUUCUUAGCUAUAUCUACCAUCCUCUGGCUUCGUGACUGAUGUUUCUCAUUGUACAAAGACAUUUUAACUUUUGGUUUAUGUUUGCAUGUUCUACAAUAAUAAUAUACUCUACGACAUCUUAAAAAUUCUUUCAAGUACUCAAACUUACCUUGAACAAAAAAGAAUGCAGCAAAAAUUGAGAAUUUAUCACAAAACAGUCACAAAAAACGUGCCACACACACCUGUUCGUUAGAUAAAAUUUUGAGGUUAUGUUUUUACCGGCAAUUGCGCCGAGGCCUAUGUUACACAUCAGAUACACACAAUAAAUACGUUUAAACUCAAAAAGGCCUAUGUGGCAAAUCCGACCAAAAGCGGAAAGCUAUUAUGUCUUUCUGUUGCACAGAGGCCCUUUUCAAAUGUGUGUUUUUGAAUAAUGAAACGUCCCAAAUUGACAUAGGCCCAGAAAUUUCAAUGCACUUUGAAUAAGUGGCAGUUAGGCCCUAAGCAUUUAAAUGAAAGGGGAUAUUUUAAAGACCCAAGGUCUCAUAGGUCUCUAUUUUCUGGGCCUAUUAGUCACUUAGGCCGUUUUAUGCUUAUAAAUUAAUAAUAUAUUUGUUACAUGGGACCAUUCAAAAAGGCGCAAACGGUAGAUUGGACUUUACAUUUUAUAUCUUGUAGUUAGGCCCACACACUUGCGCCCUUGUCACAUGGAUUUUAUCGAAAUCUACUAGGAUUAUUCUCUUGGGACCAUUUUCAUUGGAAAGAGAGUCAUUCGAUCAGUAAGAUAGGCCCUCUAGCUAAAUUUCUGCGAAUUUGUACAUAGGCCCUUGUUCGACCAAGCCACAGAAAUAGUCUUCGCAGUUUAUCCAAAGAUGGCAUCUAUGUCGUCCGCCAGACAGGCAUAGGUUUUACCAGACAUAUGUGCCUGGUAACGCAGUGAACGUGUUAAUAAAAAAAAACUGAAUUUCGCCUCUGUCAUUAAAACUGAUGUUUUACCGAAUUAGUGGAAAUAUGUGGAAAAUAAAAUUGUUCUGCAAAUAAGGUGGAACUCUAACCUUUAUUAUAACAACAACUACGUAACUCGAUCGGACUCUUAGAUACGACAAAAAUACCAAUUUGUUGAAAAAAAUAUGUAAAAAAAACAAUAAUUACGCAUGCCCUUAAAGUACAAAAAAAAAUAAGAUAAAUAUUUUAAAUUCAAACUAAUUAUGGAUUAAAAUUAAUAACAUACCUGGUUUUUCACUAUCCAUGACAAAAUUUCUGAUAAUUUACUUCAAAUACAAUAAAACAACAAACGAUUGAUUGUCAGAAAUGAGAGCGUGUCGAUAAUAUUGACGUGCACCGCGUACUGGGACUGGGUUCCGACUACCUGCUCGCCGAGACGAUGAGUUACGAGUUCGUUUGAAAACCGGUUAACGAUAGAUCAGUUACUUGACAACAACAAAACUGCGACUUGGGUGGAAUAGGGCUCAAUUUAUAUUUUGAACUUUCGACCGAUUUUUAAGCUUAAAUGCUCCUUAGUGCGUCGGCGCAAAUUGUACGUUCGUCAAUUUAAUCAUCAGAUGAAUCUUCAUCAUCACUAUUAAACAAAUAUUUUUUUGCCUUUUUGGCCCUUUUGUUUCUGGUUGUGGUCUUCUUGCUUUUAACCUCUUUAUCUUUGGUAAGUUUCCGUUUGUUACAUUUACCUUCGACACAAUUUUCUUUAUUUUUAGUCUUUUUCUCUUUUUCAGUCCUUUUUCUCUUCUUUUCUUCAAAUAUGUUCUGCCUUCAUUGGUGUGCUUGUUAAGAUUUCAUAAUGUUUGUUAUUUCUUUAUUAGUUAUGAGUUGUGGCAGUGGGCUCACAGUUUUUAGAAUUUUAGCUACUCUUUCAUCGUCAUUAGUAUCGGUCUCAUUAAAAUAUGAUUUAGACGGAGUUGCGGUAGAUCUGACGGUAUGUUCCUCCCGAAUAGCAGCUUGCACAUGAUAUGGUUGGAAUCGGAGCUGGGCUUACAGCAGCUUCCUCCUGAAGUACUUCUGGUUGAAUUUCUGUGCUACAAAGAAUAUAUGGAUAGCGGGCUAGCUUUCUUUUGUUUAUUAGUUGUCUGCUUUAACGUAGAUGGGAUAGGAGAUAUGUUAGUUGGCUGCUGUACUGCGUCAUGCACGAGCACAGAUCUGGCUUCCUCACAAAAUAUUUCAGGAUUCAUGGGAUAUAUUCCCGUUACUUGAAAGCCUGAUACUCCUUUUUCUAUAGGAGCUACUAUAGUUUAGGCUUUUUUAAACAGUCCGGCAAUGUCGUCUGGUGUGAUUUUUAUAAAACUUCUUGAUUUCAUGUAUAAGUUGCAUUCUUUGUUGUAAGGGGGGAAUAAAACGCAACGUCAAGAGGGUGUAGACGAUGCGAUGAAUGUGGCGGAAUGCAUUACAACAUGGCUCUUUUGGCAAAUCCCAAGCUUCGAGAGUAGCGUGACUGUUGUGAUUGUCUAAUAUUAGCAAAACGGGAGUAUCAGCAGUAGGUUUGGUGUGUUUAAUAAACUGACGUAGUCAUAAAAUAAAUAUAUUUUCAUUGGUCCAGCCAUUGUGACUACAUGUGUCCACAGCUACGGGAGGUCCAUUUUUCUCAGCUGUGGUGAGUGACGUUUUCGUGGAAGUAUGAAAAGCGGUGGAAUGAAAUACCUUGAAGCACUCAUAGCACAUAUAAGUGUUACAGUCUUACAGCUUUUCCAUGACGUCACAGAUCCAACUCGUUUUUGCCCUUUGGGAGCUAUAAUUUUUUUAGUCUCUUGGACGGUCGUUAUACCAGUCUCGUCUACAUUGUAAAUCAUCGUAGGUUCGAAGUGGUGCUGCGUCAUCAAUUUUUCUAAAUUAUCAAAAAAAGCUUUACUUCUGUCUUGUUAAAUCCGAGAAUUCUGUUGAUACUGCUAAUUGCUCCGGCCUUUCUAAUACUCAACUCAAGAUGACGCUGUAAAAAUCCAGAUGGCCAAUCUUUUCCCGCAGUUUGACUGGCUUGGUUAAACUUUUGUUCAAUAACCAUCCUUUUAGCUGCACCAUAACAUACUUUUCAAAAUUGGUCUCUCGUCAGUCCAUAAAAUUUAUUUGACAUAGUCUGAAUAUGACUAGCCAGUAUUUUUUCUCAAAACUGAAUACUGGAUAUCUUCCCAACUUAGGAUUUUUUUGUACCGAUUCUCGUUAGCUUUCGCAAAAUUAAAUCUCUUCUUUAAAUUGCUGUUAGGUAUUCCAGUUUGCUGAGAUACUUUGUACACCGAAAUGUCUCCUGCUCUGAGGAUAUUGACCGCAUUUUCUAAUGUAUCGGCGGUCCAAGAAGCUUUCGUGCUUUUCCGAGUUGUUUUACGCAUCUGAAAUAAAAAGAAUAAUACACAUAUGUAUGUAAAAUGGUGUGAAAAUAGAUUUUAGAAGCUAAUAGGGUAAUGGGAGCUAUGUCGGGUAGGCUAGCCUCCCAUUUCCCGCUGACCACCAUUUUAAUAUGAAUAAUGUAAUUCUAAUUUCAAUCGCAUCUAAACAAAUUGCACUAGUUAGUGAAUGAAUCUACGGAUGUUAAAAUAUGAACUAUAAAAUAAGAAUAAAACUUCAUGCUUACCUUGGAGCUGGCAAUCCACAAUGGUUUAUAAGCGCGGAGCGAAAAACAAACAACCGUAACUUGUGACUGAGGCACUAACGACUCGUACCGGUCAGGGGUCAGGCGAAGUUUCUCGAAGGUUGGGGGAGGCGACCGAGUGUUUACCAAUCGCGUAAAUUGCCUACAUUGCGUUCAGUCACCAUAGCUCCCAUUAACCCGCGCUUCCCUAUUAUUGUAUAAAUAUAUUUUGGAUUUUAUAACUUGCUAUAGAAAAAAGAACACAUCAGUCACUGUUUCCGACAUAUUCCUGGAACAAAUAAAAAUAUUGUGAACAUUGGUUGGUGUAAAAAUAGGAAAAGUAUUCCCAACAAAUCACUGUCAUUAAAAAGUUACUAUCCCUCUUAUAUUGAUGAUUGUAUAUUUUGUAUUAUUUAAAGUAUUCUUUGUAUAUAUUUUUUGUCCAUUGGUCUUCGAUAGAUUAGAAGCAGUAGAACUAUAGUGUCUAGUUUAUUCAGUAUUGUUUUCUUUAAUACAGAAUGUAGAUUGUUCACUGAUGUUUUUUGUCAUUGUUAAUGUAUUUUUAUGUAGCAUUGAUAUUUGUGGGGUAUCUCAAAAAUGUAUCACAGUGUUAAUCACUAAUAUCAUUGCUCAGAUUUUCUUAUAGGGAAUAUCAUUUUUUCUGUUUCAAUUUGCGACGCAAAACCUUUCAAGUAUUUUUCUAGAUCUAGACUUAAACUUGGUUGAUAUUUUUAUGUCAAGUCACUGUUAAAAAUGUAAUUCUAUACCACUAUAAUUUCAGAGGACGUGAUGAAAGUAUGAAUUUAAAUGUUACCUUUUUGAGAUAUCUACGAUAUUUCUAAUUUUAUUUAUUAUGGCGAUUUUUCUGUUAAAAAGAGCAUACGUAAUUUAUUUACUGUUCAUGGACCAACUCAGUGUCUUUUUAGUUCGCAUAUAACUGCUUUUUUUAAAAACGUGUAACAAUUUGUAAGUUUAAUAAAAACAUUUUCUAGAAAA